UGGUCCAACUUCUGGCAGAUCCCAACAGAACACCAAGGCCGCAACAUUUGGUACCGCCUACUUCACAACCACCUACCGACAGCCUCGAGAGUCCACCGCAUAGCACCAGCUUUUCUUCCCUCACCAAGCUGUCGCUUGUGCCUUGCGCCCAUCGAAGAUACUAAUCACUUCCUGUAUUAUUGCCUGAAAAAAGAACUAGUGUGG